AUGAAUAACUUCUUAGCACUUAUAGUUCUUUGUCAGUUCUUCAUCUCUGGUCAAGCAAACACAGAUGGCCGAGUAUCGGUGCGAUCCUUCGCAUCUGAGGAGGCUCGCCAACCUACUAUUCUUGAAAAAAGACAGACGGCGAAUAUGACCUGCCAUAUCAGCGAUGAUGUUGAAUCAGCAACAGGCAAUGCGGCAGAUUGCUUCGCUGCUAUAGAUUACUUGUAUACUGCCCCAGCUCCUCGACCAGGCUGCGUCAUUUGUCGCACUUGUACAAUCAAGCCUCUCGAUGGCUCUGAAAACCCGGUGGGGGGUAUCAAUGGUGGUUUGUUUUACAGGAAUGCUCCUAGCAUCGCGCAGGCUUCGAUUAACGCAGCAUAUGACAAUAGGUUCAGUCAAGUAAUAUUCUCGCCCCCCCAACCAGAUUGCGUAAAUUACGUGCUCCCCGCUGGUAUUAACUUGGGCCCACUCCCGCCUGGCGGCACUUUGUUUGCACCUUAUCUUCUUGGAUAUCUAGACGGCCAAGGUGAUUCUCCUCAGGCUUGUAGCGCAGAAUUGGACCAGGAGAUUCAGGCACAUGGGGGUUGA